CAACUGAUUAUCUCCAAGUCACGGGGAGACUGGAGCUGCGGUUGCGCAAGAAACACGUGCGCGGGUGGUCGGGUGAAGCCGCUGGAAACGGCAACUGGGUCGGUGCUGUUUUGGGCUAAUUAGGUACCUAACUGAGGUACCUAGCUCCCCGCCCCAGCUUGCAGGUCUCGACUCUCCCAACUUCAGUCACCGCGACAACGUCCCCCAAGAAAAGUGCCAGGGAGCACCCAGGCCACCCAGGUCACCCACAUCUCCGCCAACCCUUCAACAUCACCCCAUUUCACACGCCCGACAAUAAUCUGUGCCGCUGCGAUUGGCCGCUCGUGCCUCUCUUCCACCUCUGCCCUCUGCAGCCGCACCCGCUGGGCACAGGAUCACGAUUUUGUGACUUCUGCCGCCUCUGCCAAUUGUCCCUCGUCCCCACGCCGUCCGUGUCCCGAGCCCGUCUCUUCGUCGACCAAGUAUCCCACCAACCGCCGACAUGUCCGGCAACACACACAGAGGCACGCCCACCCGCCACGGCCGCGGUGCUGUCCCCUUUGGCAACAGCCCUGGUGGCUCCAGCAUUCCCCGUCCUGUCGAGCCGCACGAGGAGAAGGAGCGGAAGCAACCGCCACCGCCAAAUGAGGCCGCCUCCUCUGUCAGCGCCAGUCGCCAGAAGCAGUCCAAGCGGGACGAGGCCAUCCGACGAAAGCUCGAGAAUGACCUCUCCAAGAAGAAACACCUCACGAGCCGAGCUCGACACUCCCGAAAGGCCCCCCCGGGCACCGUCCUCGCCCUGAAGCCCAGUGCUGCUCUCCAGAUCAAGCCCAACACCACCGUCUCCGAGGCUGCCCAGCUCAUGGCUGCCAAGCGAGAGGACUGUGUCCUUGUUACCGACGAUGACGACCGAAUCGCUGGCAUCUUCACCGCCAAGGAUCUUGCCUUCCGCGUUGUCGGUGCUGGAUCAAAGGCUGCCAACGUCACCAUUGCCGAAAUCAUGACCAAGAACCCUCUUUGCGCCCGGACCGAUACCAGUGCUACCGACGCCUUGGACUUGAUGGUCCGGAAAGGCUUCCGCCACUUGCCUGUUAUGGAUGAGAACCAAGAUAUCGUCGGUAUACUGGACAUUACCAAGUGCUUCUACGACGCCAUGGAGAAGCUCGAGCGUGCCUACUCGUCCUCUAGAAAGUUAUAUGAUGCCCUGGAGGGUGUUCAGUCCGAAUUGGGCUCGACCCAGCCGCAGCAGAUCAUCCAAUACGUCGAGGCGCUCCGCAGCAAGAUGUCUGGACCGACCCUGGAGACCGUCCUGAACGGCAUCCCCCCAACCACCGUCAGUGUCAGGACCUCGGUCAAGGAGGCUGCCCAGCUCAUGAAGGAGAACCGCACCACCGCCGUCCUCGUUCAGGACCAGGGUGCCAUUACUGGUAUUUUCACCAGCAAGGAUGUAGUCCUCCGAGUUAUUGCUCCUGGCCUUGACCCCGCCAACUGCAGUGUUGUCCGUGUCAUGACCCCUCACCCCGAUUUCGCCCCCAUGGACAUGACCCUCCAGGCUGCUCUUCGCAAGAUGCAUGAUGGCCACUACCUCAACCUUCCCGUCAUGAACGAUGGCGGCGAGAUUGUCGGCAUGGUCGACGUUUUGAAGCUCACCUACGCUACUCUGGAGCAGAUCAACGGCAUGUCCAACUCCAACGAUGACGAGGGCCCUGCCUGGAACAAGUUCUGGCUGUCCCUCGACAAUGAGACCGAGUCCGUGAUGUCUGGAGAGGGCAGUGCUAUGCAGCACACCAACCUGGGCUCGCGACUCACUUCGCCAGAUGUCACCCGCGAGCGCCUCGGCGACAGUCUCGCACCAGGUGACUCGGCCUCGCACAUCGGCAUGGAGUCCCCUACUCGAUCUACUAUCCCAGAAGGAAUCGAGGCGCAACUCCCCGAGGAGCUUCCCUUUGCCUUCAAGUUCAAGGCUCCUUCCGGCCGAGUGCACCGUGUCAAGGUCAUUGCCAUGGAUGGCAUGGAGGCGUUUGUGGCGGCUGUUGCUGCCAAGCUUGGCAGUGAGGCAGACACCAUUGGCGGCAUUCCUCCGGUCGAGGACGGCAAAAUUACCGGUCCUGGAUUCGCUCUCAGCUAUAUCGACGAUGAAGGGGACUCUGUGUCUAUCACUACCAACCAAGACUUGGUCGAGUCUGUCUUGCUUUCUCGCCAAUGCCACCAUGAUAAGGUGGAUCUUUAUGUCCACGACCCGGAGAAGGCCCCUGUCAUACCGGCCGCUGCCGAGACGCCAGCGGCUACCAUGUCCUCUGGCUCAGGUCUCCGGGAGCGACGCAAGUGGUGGCCAGAUGAGGAGGAAGAGGAGGAGGAGGAUGAGUCUGAUGAGGACGACGAAGCGGCAUCUAGUGCACGACGGACGCGGCGAGCGAGGGUAGGGCCCCCGCCCCUCCUCGAGCAGGUCAUUGCUGGCGUGCCAAACGAACUUCUCCUUCCUGGCGCUAUCGUCACAUUGGCGGUGGUCAUCGUGGGUGUCUUCACCAUCUCGAGAAUCACCAGCCGAUAGACGGAGGAGCACGCACCUUUGUGAACCUGCCCCCGAUAAUGACAUGACGAAGCCCACAGAUAUUGGAGAUUGUAGAUAGGUAGAAACUUUGUGUCUCUAGAGAUUACCCCACAAGUUUAAUUCAAAUCAUUUAUAUCUU